GCGGAGUUACGGUCAGACACUGCACAGACAGAGACAGCGGGUGUGAGAGGUGCUGGAGGAAAUGAAAGCACCAGGGGAAGCGGAUAGGAGGGUGGCUGAGCCCGGACCGCACUGUACCGGGGAGUCAAUCCCAGCUAUAAACUAUGUCUCUGAACACCAGUGUCAAGCUGGUGGUGACAGGAGAUGACUUUGGAUACUGCCCUCGCAGAGAUGUUGGCAUCGUAGAAUGUUUCAAUGCCGGAGCCAUUUCUAAUGUGUCUCUGCUGGUAAAUGGCAGCUCCGCAGCGUCUGCCGCAGACCUGGCUCGCAGAUAUAAUAUUCCCAUUGGCCUGCAUGCCAAUCUCUCAGAAGGUGUCCCAGUAUGUAGAGAACUUUGUCAAAGCUCCACUCUUCUCAACGCUCAUGGGGUAUUUCAUGGGAAGAUGGGUAUCCGAAAAGCACUAGCACAGGGACUGCUCAGCAUGUCGGAGGUUCGACAAGAGCUCUGUGCCCAGGUUAGACUAUUUUGCGAGCUGACUGGACAGAACCCCCAACACAUGGAUGGACAUCAACAUGUUCAUGUGUUACCAAGAAUCAGAGAGGAGUUUGCACAAGUGCUGCAGGAGCAUAGUAUACCUUACACUCGUGUGCCAGUGGAGAUAGGACUGAACAGGUGCGACUGGAUCCAGGAUGAACUAGUUAAGUUUUACAGAGGGGUGGAGGAAGAUGCAUUAAAUACAGUGGAAGUAUUCAAAAGCCAUGGAAUCCGGUGGCCUGAUAUAUACAUUGGUCUAAGUACAAUGGGGAAGAACAUGACAAUAAAGAAUCUUCAACAAGCCCUGGACUAUAGCAUUCUGUCUCUUCACAGCGGCCUUUCCCCACAGAGCUCAAUGUACAGUCCAACAUCCCAUCCCAGCACCAGCCUGAGCAUUGAGCUAAUGACACACCCUGGCUACCCCAGUGUACCCACAGAAGGAGGCUGUGGAGAAGGACCAGAUGACUUUUCUCAGUCAUGGGAAAGAGUACACGAAAUGAAUGUUCUGAAAGACCCCUUGUUACACAGUUAUUUCAGUGAAAGAGGGGUACAUUUGUGCCCAUUUAGAGACCUGUAAUUUCAAAGAAAGGGACAUCAGGAGGUUUAUGGUAAUCACUACAAUCAUCGGCAUAAGAGUCACAUUUUACUUGAUCUGUAAUUUAUAUGGUUUAGGUAGUCUGGUUUUAACAGCUUUAUAUAUCUAGAAAUAUUUAUAUGAAGUGUACAUAACAUCUAUUGUCAAAAAAAAUAUGUAGCUCCUCUGCUGCGAAGUGAAGUGAGGUAAGAUACAAUGGUUGUCUAUGUUCCCUUCAUGAUCAGGCCCAGGAAGUGACAGCACGAGAGGGUCGAAGCAAAUUAACGCCCUUACAGCACCUUAAUGUUUUAUCCAUUCUCAGUUUGCUUGAGGUUAUUUUGUGUUAUCACUUCGCUCGCCACAGGUUACUAUUUCAAAUAGUUUGUGAUAUGGACCCAGGGGGGUAAUGGGAAAGGUCCUCUCCACAAAGGGUAACUAGACGCUACCAAGGUAGAAUUGACCAAGAUAACCUGUCAUUGUGUUUGCAAGAGUUAAUUGUAGUUUCCAAUUUUAAUCUCCCUAAUCAAACCAGAAAAACCCUCUAUUUCUAAAUUAAUCCAUAGUAGAGAUGUACGGCGGGCACUUUUCGUGUUUUGUGUUUUGGUUCUAAUUCCACUUUCGUGUUUUGGUUUUGGCUUGGUUUUGCCAAAACCACCCUUUCGUGUUUUGGUUUUGGAUCUGCAUGAUUUUUGAAGAAAAACACAAAAACAGCUAAAAUCACACAAUUUGGGGGUAAUUUUGCUCCUAUGGUAUUAUUAACCUCAAUAACAUUCAAUUCCAGUCUAUUCUGAACACCUCACAAUAUUGUUUUUAGGCCUAAAAGUUGCAUCGAGGUGGCUGUAUGACUAAGCUAAGCGACACAAGUGUGCGGCACAAACACUUGGCCCAUCUAGGAGUGGCACUGCAGUGGCAGACAGGAUGGCACUGUUCAAAAACUAGUCCCCAAACAGCACAUGAUGCAAAGAACAAAAAGAGGUGCAAUUAGCUAGCUGGAUGGCCAAGCUAAGCGACACAAGUGUGCGGCACAAACACCUGGCCCAUCUAGGAGUGGCACUGCAGUUACACACAGGAUGGCAGAUUUAAAAAAUAGUCCCCAAAGAGCACAUGCUGCAAAGAAGAAAGAGGCGCAAUGCGGUAGCUGUAUGACUAAGCUAAGCGACACAAGUGUGUUGCACAAACACCUGACCCAUCCAGGAGUGGCACUGCAUUGUCAGACAGGAUGGCACUUAAAAAAACUAGACCCCAAACAGCACAUGAUGCAAAGAAGAAAAAGAGGUGCAAGAUGGAAUUGUCCUUGGGCCCUCCCACCCACCCUUAUGUUAUAUAAACAGGACUUGCACACUUUAACAAACCCAUCAUUUCGGCGACAGGGUCUGCCACAUGAUUGUUGCUGAAAUGACUGGUUUGUUUGGGCCCCCACCAAAAAAGAAGCAGCACAACACAAUACUGUAAGAGACUUGUAGUUGUUGUUAUUAUACGGCAGCAGUGGUCAUAUAGCAGCAGCGUAUAUUGUCACUGGAAUGACUGAUGAUGAGACAGGACACUACCACUGGUCUGAUGCAGCACAACACAAUACUGUAAGAGACUUGUGGUUGUUGUUGUUAUUAUACGGCAGCAGUGGACAUAUAGCAGCAGCGUAUGUCGUCACUGGAAUGACUGAUGAUGAGACAGGACACUACCACUGGUCUGAUGCAGCACAACACAGUCAACAACACUUUAUACAGCUAAACUGGCAGGCGAGGACACCAACACUGUGACUGCCUGGACUGAUGUACCACAAUACACUGUGACUACACUGGACUGCGCAGCACAAGACAUAUAUUGGUAGAUGCUCAAUUAGCUUAGUGAUAUCAUUCAGGUGCUCAAAAGGGAGGGGUAUUUCUAAGCAAGAAAAAAGGCAUUUGUUUCCCCCGGGUGGUCUUCAGUAUGCCGGCGGUCGGGCUCCCGGCGACCAGCAUACCGGCGCCGGGAGCCCGACAGCCGGCAUACCGACACUUGUUCUCCCUCGUGGGGGUCCACGACCCCCCUGGAGGGAGAAUAAAAUAGUGUGGCGCGCAUAGCGCGCCACCGUGCCCGUAGCGUGACGAGCCCGUAAGGGGCUCAUUUGCGCUCGCCACACUGUCGGUAAGCCGGCGGUCGGGCUCCCGGCACCGGUAUGCUGGUCGCCGGGAGCCCGGCCGCCGGCAUAUCGUAGUGAACCCGUUUCCCCCAGUACCCUGAAUGAUAACCGUAACCAGAUAUAAAUUCCACAUAAUAAUAGUAUUCAGAGAUCUUCGUUACACAUAUUUGCGCAAAUGUGUGAAUAAGCCCCAUAGCCGCAUCAAGGCGUCUCUGUAUAUUUGGGGUCCCUAGCGCUAUAUCUAGGUGCAGGGUGUGGCACCCCAAAACACCAGCAUAAGCCAGAAAGCCCAGCACAAGACUUGCCACCCCCACACAGACACUGAGGACGGAGACACGUCCUCUCACUACACUCUCCGAGACUGGAGUGAAAAUGGCCGCGACGUGCGGCUCCUUAUAUGGAAUCCAAAUCCCGCGAGAAUCCGACAGCGGGAUGAUGAUGUUUUGCCGCGUUCGUGUUUCUGAGUCAGAUGGGAAAACCCAAGCCUGACUCAGAUCCGGGCUCGGAAGGCAAAGUUCGGUAGGGUUCGGUUCUCUGAGAACCGAACCCGCUCAUCUCUAAUCCAUAGCAUACCUUAUUCUACAUGGAUAAACUAAUAAAUUGUAUGCAAGCUUAUUAGAAUGAACUAAUGUAGAUUUUUUGAAAAGGCUUCUCAGCCUGAGCUAAAUUGCACACGUGUGACACUCUACACAAGUGGCAAUCAUGACACCACAUGUUUUUUCCUUGAAUCUGCUAAUUCAAAGCAAAUUAAAAUGCAUUUUUUUAAUUACUAGUUUAGUGUAUGCACUGCUUUUUAUAAAGAGACAUAGUGAAGGUUGGGGUUAUGGAGAUGGGAGAAGGAUGUGAGGCAGCAAAAGACUAUACAGCACGUUUACUAAAUUGCUUCUUUGCCAGUAGUUUUGACCUCCACACUGCUGAAUAUACUCUUCAGUGGUUUGGAUAGUCCUCCUCAAACUACUGUGAUGCCCUGUCAAAACUGCUGCAUCUGGCUAAUCAGAAGGUUGUAAUCACAGUACACUAAUAAGGAGAACAAUCAUUAUGUAUUGAAUAAGAAGGCAAAUAACAUUUAUAAUUCUCUUAGACAAAAUUUUGUCCCAAUAUAUUAAUAAAAUAAUAAAUGUUUCAUUAUAUUAGUAGAGUAAUACUUAUAAAUGGUUGAUGUGUACAAAUGUUUUUAUGAUGGGGAAAACAUUUAUGAUUUUCUGACUAUAAAAAUACUGGUUUGUUGAUA